AUGCCUCCCCUGAGCAUCACGACCGGCAGCACGCCGACAGGCGGCCUUGCCACGGGUCCAAGGCAGCCGCCCCUCUCAGCGUCGGCGCCAGGCGCAGGCACAGCUGCAGACCAAGGCCCGGCGGGCGGAGGCGCCGCCCACGCGCGCCCGCCGUCCCCGCCCCCGCCCCCUGUAAGCCCGAUAACCCCCACGCUGCGCACCGCGCGCCUGGCCGGGACCUCGUCCACCUCCACCUCCGGGCCGCCCGCGAUGCCCGUGCCGCCGACGAAGUCGGGCAGCAGCACCCACUACACGGCCGACCCCUCGCCGUCGGCCCUGACCUUCUUCGCCGCCAACCGCGUCGCCCUGACGCACUUGUCCCAGCCCGCGCAGGCCGCGGCGGGCACCGCGCUCGACGCGCCCCCGCCGCCGCUGCCGCUCGACUUCGACGCCAACCCGGACGUGCUGGCCCUCAAGAGCGCCAUCUCGGUGCUGCAGAUCCAGCGCGCCCGCGCCGCCGCCGACGUCGCCCGCCUGGCCGGCGCAAAGGCCGCGGCGCUCGAGGACCCGGAUGCCUUCCUGCGCGACCUCGCCGAGGGCCGCGUGAGCACGGCGCCUGCCGCGCCGACGCUCUUCGACGCGGGCAGGGACGACGGUGACUCCGACUCCGAGUCCGGCUCGGACUCUUCCGAGAGCGACGGUGCGGAGCACGACGGUCACCGUGCCGCGGGCGAUCUAUGCAAGGGCAAAGAGCCUGCUACCGUAAUCGGCCCCGGCGGUGUGUACGAGUUCAAGGGUGACCAGCGGCAACAGCCCGGGGGCGCACAACAAGCACAGAGACUUGUUGGAGUUGCCUCGCCAUACAUGCCCGGUCGCGACAGGAUAGAUAAGAAGCCCAAGAAGCCAAAACCACCCACUUGA